CUCCAGACCGCAGGCGGCGCUGUCUCUCGCGCAGACACACGGACGCUGCGCUGCUGCUGCUGAUCCGAGCGCUCUUCUGCGGAUUCAUGCAACAUAUCUCGCUCUAAACACCUUUUCUCCUCAUUUCUGGCUGUUCGUGUGAUUUAAGUGAACGCCAUGUCCUACAACUACGUGGUGACGGCGCAGAAGCCCACGGCGGUGAACGCCUGCGUCACGGGUCACUUCACUUCUGCGGAGGAUCUGAACCUGCUGAUCGCCAAGAACACGCGUCUGGAGAUCUAUGUGGUCACUGCGGAGGGUCUGCGGCCGGUCAAAGAGGUCGGCUUGUACGGCAAGAUCGCGGUCAUGGAGCUCUUCAGACCCAAGGGUGAGAGCAAAGAUCUUCUGUUCAUUCUGACCGCUAAAUACAACGCCUGUAUCCUGGAGUACAAGCAGAACGGAGACAGCAUCGACAUCAUCACCCGCGCUCACGGAAACGUGCAGGAUCGGAUCGGCCGUCCGUCUGAGACCGGGAUCAUCGGGAUCGUGGAUCCGGAGUGUCGUAUGAUCGGCUUGCGGCUGUACGACGGGCUGUUUAAGGUCAUUCCUCUGGACCGUGAUAACCGCGAGCUCAAAGCCUUCAACAUCCGUCUGGAGGAGCUGCAGGUCAUAGACGUCCAGUUCCUGUACGGCUGCCAGGCGCCCACCGUCUGCUUCAUAUAUCAGGAUCCUCAGGGUCGGCACGUCAAGACAUAUGAGGUUUCUCUCAGAGAGAAGGAGUUCAACAAAGGACCCUGGAAGCAGGAGAACAUGGAAGCUGAAGCAUCGAUGGUCAUUCCGGUCCCAGAGCCGUUUGGAGGAGCUAUAUUCAUCGGACAGGAGUCCAUCACUUAUCACAACGGAGACAAAUACUUAGCCAUCGCUCCUCCAACUAUCAAGCAAAGCACCAUCGUGUGUCAUAACCGCGUGGAUCCGAACGGCUCGCGGUACCUGCUGGGAGACAUGGAGGGCCGACUCUUCAUGCUGCUGCUGGAGAAAGAGGAGCUGAUGGACGGAGCUGUGGUGCUCAAAGACCUGCAUGUGGAGCUGCUGGGAGAGACCUCUAUCGCAGAGUGUCUGACGUAUCUGGAUAACGGUGUGGUGUUUGUGGGAUCCAGACUAGGAGAUUCUCAACUAGUUAAGCUGAAUGUGGACAGUAAUGACCAGGGUUCGUAUGUGGCUGUAAUGGAGACCUUCACUAACCUGGGGCCGAUAGUGGACAUGUGUGUGGUGGACCUGGAGAGACAAGGACAGGGUCAGCUGGUGACGUGCUCCGGAGCGUUUAAGGAAGGCUCUCUGAGGAUAAUUCGGAAUGGCAUUGGGAUCCAUGAGCACGCCAGCAUCGACCUGCCCGGCAUCAAAGGUCUGUGGCCUCUCCGCUCAGAGUCGGGCAGAGACACUGAUGACAUGCUGGUUCUGUCAUUUGUUGGUCAGACCAGGGUGCUGAUGCUGAGUGGAGAGGAGGGGGAGGAGACGGAGCUGCCGGGGUUUGUGGAUAAUCAGCAGACGUUCUUCUGUGGGAAUGUAGUGCAUCAGCAGCUCAUACAGAUCACGUCGGUGUCUGUGAGGCUGGUCACUCAGGACAGCAAGGCUCUGGUGAGCGAGUGGAAGGAGCCUCAGGGCAAGAACAUCAGCGUGGCGUCCUGCAACAGCACUCAGGUGGUUCUGGCUGUGGGUCGAGUGCUGUAUUACCUUCAGAUACUCACAGGAGAACUCAAACAGAUCAGCUCUACAGAGAUGGAGCAUGAGGUGGCGUGUCUGGACAUCACUCCUCUGGGCGAGAGCGCAGGAGAGUCCAGCAUCUGUGCUGUGGGGCUCUGGACCGACAUCUCAGCCCGCCUGCUCAAGUUACCCUGCUUCAGCCCGCUGCACAAAGAGAUGCUGGGCGGAGAGAUCAUCCCUCGCUCCAUCCUCAUGACCACGUUUGAGGGCAGUCAUUACCUGCUGUGUGCGCUGGGAGACGGGGCGCUUUUCUAUUUCGGACUGGACAUUCAGACAGGGGUUUUGAGUGAGCGUAAGAAGGUGACUCUGGGCACUCAGCCCACGGUUCUGCGCACCUUCCGCUCGCUCUCCACAUCUAAUGUGUUCGCCUGCUCCGACCGGCCCACCGUCAUCUACUCCAGCAACCACAAACUGGUCUUCUCUAACGUCAACCUGAAGGAGGUCAACUACAUGUGCCCACUCAACUCUGAGGGAUACCCCGACAGUCUGGCUCUGGCCAACAACAGCACUCUGACCAUCGGCACUAUCGAUGAGAUCCAGAAGCUCCACAUCCGAACCGUUCCUCUCUACGAGUCACCCAAGCGGAUCUGCUAUCAGGAGGUGUCUCAGUGUUUCGGAGUUUUGUCCAGUAGAGUAGAAAUGCAGGACACCAGCGGGACCACGGCAGCCGUGCGGCCCAGCGCCAGCACACAGGCGCUCUCCAGCAGCGUCAGCUCCAGUAAGCUGUUUCCCAGCAGCACUUCUCCUCACGAGACGUCGUUUGGAGAGGAGGUUGAGGUGCACAGUCUGCUGGUGGUGGAUCAGCACACGUUUGAGGUGCUGCAUGCGCAUCAGUUCCUGCAGAACGAGUACGCGCUCAGUAUGGUGUCCUGUAAGCUGGGCAGGGAUCCUGCCAUCUACUUUAUCGUCGGCACGGCGAUGGUGUAUCCGGAGGAGGCGGAGCCUAAACAGGGCCGCAUCAUCGUCUUUCACUAUACAGAUGGUAACCGUCAGACACACCCCUGAUUAUUUUCCACAAAGUUAUUAAAUGUUUCUCUAGGUGUUUCUACAAACAUUGUGGCUAUUUCAAUGAUGAGUGUACUUUGUUUUUUACACAUCCGCUAGAGUAUACAUGCAGUGUGUGUGAUGCAGGUUUCAUCCUCAUCAUUAGAACAGCUCGUCUCAAAACCGAAGCAUACUUUGAGUCUCCUCAAGCUUUUACCAUUUCAUAUUAAUAUAAACAAAACUGCUCGUGAUUUCAAUCCCAACUGGAUGAGUGCUGUUGAAAUCCUGGAUGAUGACAACUUCCUCGGAGCGGAGAACGCUUUCAAUCUGUUCGUCUGCCAGAAGGACAGCGCGGCGACUACAGACGAGGAGCGGCAGCACCUGCAGGAGGUGGGUCUGUUCCACCUGGGAGAGUUUGUCAACGUGUUUUCACACGGAUCUCUGGUGCUGCAGAAUCUGGGCGAGAGCUCGACGCCGACACAGGGCUCGGUGCUGUUCGGCACAGUCAACGGCAUGAUCGGUUUGGUGACGUCGCUGUCGGAGGGCUGGUACAGUUUACUGCUGGAUCUACAGAACCGACUCAACAAAGUCAUCAAGAGCGUCGGCAAGAUCGAGCACAGCUUCUGGAGGUCGUUCCACACGGAGCGUAAGACUGAGCAGGCCACAGGGUUCAUUGAUGGAGAUCUGAUCGAGAGCUUCCUGGAUCUGGGUCGAGCGAAGAUGCAGGAGGUGGUCAGCACUCUGCAGAUGGAUGACGGCAGCGGGAUGAAGCGCGAGGCGACGGUGGACGAGGUUAUUAAAAUCGUGGAGGAGCUGACGCGGAUCCACUAACCGCGAGCGUCACACAUCUGUACAUAGCUAUACCUGCAUCAGAGCGUGUGUUUCACUCCACCUGAUGCAUAGAGUUCAGUCACGCUCACACACUCUCGUCUUCAUGUGCUUGUCCUGAGCCUCCAAAUGAAGAUUCUGCCAGCACCGAUCCGCAAUAGCUUUAGUGAAGCGUUUAUCAGUGUGGUGUCUCUCUGUUCAUUCAUUUAUUUUAAUAAAGUUUCCUUCAGUA